UCCAGCACACUGAGAGUGUAUGACCAUGUUUCUCUAUCCAGGGGCAGGUCAGAAAACCCACCGGUGUUUCACAGCACCUGAGGAUGGAGUUUGCUGAAUAGGUCAGGCUGUUGUCUCCUCCUUCUCCUGGAUUUCUUUCUGAAUUGCAGACCUGUGGCAGACGGUGGUACACCAUGUGGAGGCUGCUGUCACUCGGACUUAUGUUCUUGUGCUGCGUCUUUCAGGAAAGCAUUGGCAUCACCAGGCGAUAUUUCAUUGGAGCAGUGGAGAAAGAAUGGAACUAUGAGCCCGACAGACAGAACGGGUUGUUUUCUUCCACCCCAGGCCCUCAAUAUAAGAAGGCAAUUUAUCUGGAAUAUACAGAUUCUACAUUCAGAGAAGUAAAACCGAAGCCUGCUUGGAUGGGUCUUUUGGGCCCCAUUGUCCAAGCCGAAGUCUAUGACAAGGUGGUUGUGACCUUUAAGAAUAUGGCUUCCCGUCCCUUCAAUAUUCAUGCUAAAGGAGUAUCUUAUUGGAAAUCUUCUGAAGGGGCAGGCUAUGAUGAUUGGACCAGCCAGCUAGAGAAAACAGAUGAUGCUGUGGAACCUGAUCACACUCAUGUCUAUGUGUGGGAGAUCUUAGAAGAUCAAGGGCCAACUGGAUCGGAUACACACUGUUUAACUUAUGCCUACUCCUCUCAUGUGGACAGCGUCAGGGAUAUUAACUCUGGAUUGAUUGGACCACUGCUGGUCUGUAAGCCGGGAGCGUUGAUGAGUAUAAAAUCCGGGGGCAAAAUACAAGAAUUUGUGCUGCUGUUUUCUGUAUUUGAUGAAGACAAAAGCUGGUUCUCUCAUUCUCCCAUCAGAGGAAACUCAAAGUCUCCGUUGACUCAGCAUCAGUUUCAUACCAUCAAUGGGUUCACUCAUUCUUCUCUGCCUGAUCUCAAGCUGUGUGAGAAGAGGCCUGUCUAUUGGUAUGUCAUUGGCCUGGGCACCAGGUCUGAAAUCCACUCCAUAUUUUUUGAGGGUCACAGUUUUUUGGUAAGAGAACAUCGGCACACCACUCUGGACAUCUCCCCCGCCGUUUUCCUCACUGCUGAGACAACACCCAGAACUAAUGGCACAUUUCGAAUGUUCUGCCAGAUUCCAUCACAUCAGCAAGCUGGCAUGGAAGCCUUAAUUCAAGUGGAAGUGUGCCCAGAACCUCUUCAGAAAAAGCUAAAGAUGGUAGAACCAUCUCCGAGAGAAGACUAUUAUGAUGAUUAUGAGGAGGAUAUAGAGAGCACGGUGAUGGACUUAGAUGAGGUUUCACCAAGGAUUACUGGACGUUCUCGUGCCAAAAGACUGCCUGUGACCUGGAGGCAUUAUAUUGCUGCGGAGGAAGGUGAUUGGGACUAUGCCCCAGUGAAGCCCACUAAUCUGGACAGCAUUUAUAGCAAAUCUCUGGAAAAUGGCCCCCAGCAGAUCGGGUCCAAGUAUAAGAAAGCCAUGUUUGUGGAAUAUGAGGAUGCGACUUUCAGCAAGCGAAAGGCAUCCAAACCAGAUCAUUUGGGCAUCCUGGGACCUGUCCUCAAAGGAGAAGUUGGUGACGAGUUUAUUAUUAUGUUUAAGAAUUUGGCCAGCCGGCCCUACAACAUUUACCCUCACGGAAUCACCAGUGUCACUUCGCUUCACCCUAUUGGAACUGCCCGACAUCAGAACAUGAAGGUGAUACCAAUACGACCUAAACAGGUGUUUGCAUACAGGUGGAAGAUAAUGCCAGAAGAUGGCCCGACUAGAUCUGAUCCCAGUUGCCUAACUCGCUACUAUUACAGCUCAAUCAAACCUGCUAAAGACUUAGCAUCUGGGCUUAUCGGACCCCUCCUGAUCUGUUUCAAAGAAACCAUGGAUCAGAGAGGCAAUCAGAUGAUUGCCGAUGAAGCAAGAUUUGUGCUGUUUUCUGUCUUUAAUGAAAAUUGGAGCUGGUACUUGUCAGAGAAUAUCAAGCACUCUUGUUCCGAUGCAGCCAAUGUUAAUCCCCAAGAUGCUGAGUUCUAUGCAUCCAACCUCAUGUACAGUAUCAAUGGAUAUGUCUUUGAUAAUCUUCAAAUGAAACUCUGCCAGAACCAAGUGGUAUAUUGGUAUGUCCUGAAUGUGGGGGCCCAGAGUGAGAUCCUCUCUGUCUUUUUCUCUGGAAACACUUUUAAGCACAACACGGUCUCUGAGGAGGUCCUGGCAAUCUACCCCUUCUCUGGCGAGACAGUUAUCAUGUCCAUGGAUAAUCCAGGGAGAUGGAUGGUGGGAUGCUUGAAUCCUAAUUUUCGAAAACAAGGAAUGAGAGCUAAAUUAAGUAUUUUUGUAUGUCGCCAAGAAGAGUAUGUUGACCAGGACUAUGAAGAGUACUACGAUGAAGGCAUUCCAUCUGAUUAUAUCAGUGAAGCCAAUACUCUACAGGCAAGAGGCUUCUCCAAGAAAAGUAGACGUCUCCAACUAUGCCCAAACCAGCAUCUGAAUGCUACCUCACUUUCAGAAGAUGGGAGGCUGAACUGCCUCGAGCAAUCUAACCAUCUUCUCAAAGAAAACCAUCACAAGAAUUCCACUGGCCCACUCAUUUCUCCUGGGAAACCCUUAUCCCUAGAUAAGCCCUUGUUUGACAUCUUGCCCAAGGAUGCUUUCCCCAUAGAAGAACAAUUGCCCCUACUGAAGCAAAGUUUUGAAGAACACUCUCCUUCAGAAAACUCAGCACUUGCACAGGAGAUAUCACAUCAUAAUAAUCUUUGGUUAGCAAGUUCAGCCAAUUUAGAUAGAAAAGCUCUUGGUGUAGGAAUUCACAGGCCAAUUGAUGGUGCUGGGAACUCUUCAUCUUUAAGUGAACUUCUUUCCUUUGGUAAUAAUGAUAUCCAUACCAUGUCCCACAAUGAAGCCAUCGAGGCAAAGCCUCCGAAGAAGACUCCUCAAGAUAACAAGAGGGAGAAGAUUAUGGAGCUCAAGAGAAAUCCAACUGCGGGAUUGCCAAAUCUUUUGAACAGACAAAACCCCUUAUAUGAUAUUAUGGACAGGCCUCUCCAUGUUAACAGUAUCAAAAAUGAUAAUGAUAGGUUCCCUAUAAGUCUCUCUUCUACUAAUACUAAAAGAGAUAGCUUUCCUCUACAAGGAGAUUUUGAAGAAAUAAACCAAGAAAAGCACCUCCAAGUAAAAGAAUGUUUGUCCAGUUUCAAGGCUGCACCCAGUAAGACCAGUGUCACAAAUUCCCAUGGAGCCUUACAUGUAUUUAUGGAGCAAAAUGUUACACAAAGUAGGUCAAUUUUAAGAAUUCCCCAGGUAAAUGUAUCUGGGAAAGGGGAUAUUUCACACCUAGAAGGAACCUCUCCAUCACAGUUAGCUGGCCUGGGAAGGAGUAUCAGUUCUAACCCAAAAGAGAGUCAGUCAAAACUAUACCAAGGGAGUUUAGAAAUGUCAACACAUGGGACAAAGUCAGUGACUUGUCCACAGCAGUCCCACGGUUGCAACAGACACUUGGGAAAGAGGUCUGCAAAAUCACAGGAAGUCACUUUGGAUGAAAUAGCUGCUAGAGCAGACAUCCAAGCAAAAACUUCCAGCAAGAGUGAUAAAAGAGUUCAGCCAUUGCUCAACUUCCUCGGGACAAGGAAUAAGACUGAAUCUUCUAUAACAAGACCUCCCUUAACAGGUAGAGCUAAAGGAGAUGGUCAAAUAACAAAUGAUGGCAGAACCACAGCUUCAUAUUAUUCUCUACGGAACAUAAUCCAAUAUAAUCUAAGCUUAUCCCCAGCAAUGAAGAAUGUAAUCAAUACCACUGUGAUUCCUCAUCAUUUUAGAACAGAAACAAGGGUCCAUCACAAGGAAACAAGGCAAGGACUGAUUUCAAAUGAUUUUCCAGAAGGAAAUAUUUCAGAAGUCAACUUUAUCUCUCCAAAAGACACAGAACAAGCACAUACAUCUAACCCUCCCAAAGAUGCACCAAUUAUGAGACAAACUGGCCCAGAAAAUCUUUUGCAAUUGCAGCUGAGGAAGUCUAGUGGAGAUCGGGAACAAAUGUUAAGAAAUGAAUCUUUGAAGGCUACCAUUAAAAGACAGGAGAUGAACAUCUCACAACAAACUCCAUCAGCAAAUGAUAUGCUCUCUCAAGACCUUCUGGCAUCUAACCAGAACAUUCAAGGGCAGCUGUUGAAGGAAAUCAAUAGCUCAAUAGAAAUGAAUGGGUUGAAUGAUGAACAAAGAGAGACUCCCAGCUCAAGAGAUGAGACAGCAGUACUCAAAGGGAAAGAAGAAGUGGGAAUCUCACUCAGCAAGGAUUCAGAGACCGAGUUUCAUGUGAAGGUCUCCAGAACCUCCUUAGAUGUCAGUCAACCAGCAGGAGAAAAAUUCUCAAGACCUAUGAAAGUCAAAUCUGAGUAUGAUGAAUAUAGCAAUACAGAGGAGAUGAAGGAGGGCUUUGAUAUCUAUGAAGAUGAACAGGAUCCCCGUAUGUUCACGGGGAAAAUCCGACAAUAUUACAUUGCUGCAGUUGAGGUGACCUGGGAUUAUGGCAGCUCUAUUCCCUCCCCAUAUCUGAGAGACAAUGAUCCAAGGACCAGCUGGAGAAAGCUCUCUAGAAGUUAUAAGAAAGUUGUUUUCCAAGAAUAUUUUGACAGCACUUUUACCCGACAGAUGGUCCGUGGAGAGCUAGAUGAACAUCUGGGUAUUCUGGGACCAUACAUCCGUGGACAGGUCGAAGAUACAAUCGUGGUGACUUUCAAGAAUAUGGCUUCCCGACCAUAUUCUUUUCAUUCGAACUUGCUGCCCUAUGAAGGGAGCCAGGAAGAUGCAGAAAACCAGAAGCCAGAGGCUGUUCAGCCAAACCAAGUUCGCCAGUAUUCCCUCAAGGUGUUGCCUGAAAUGGCUCCUGGUUCCAGUGAAUUUGACUGCAGAGCAUGGGCUUACUUCUCCAGCGUUAACCUGGAAAAAGACCUGCAUUCCGGUCUUAUUGGACCUCUGAUUAUUUGCCAGGCUUCGGUGAUCCGUACCACACACAUCAGACAAUUGGCUAUCCAGGAAUUUUCCUUACUCUUCACCAUCUUUGAUGAAACCAAGAGCUGGUAUUUUGCUGAGAACUUUGAAAAGAGCUGCCCGUCUCCUUGCCCCAUCCAGAUGGACGAUCCUGUCCUUAAAAGCAACCAUACCUUCUAUGCGAUCAAUGGCCACGUGAGAGACACGUUGCCAGGGCUGGUGAUGGGACUACAUCAGCGGGUCAGGUGGUAUCUGCUGAAUGCAGGUGGUAUUGAGGACAUCCACGCUGUCCAUUUCCAUGGGCAGGUUUUCACCAUCCGAAUGGACGAGGAGUACCGUUUGGCCAUCUACAACCUCUUCCCCGGUGCCUUCGAGACAGUGGAAAUGCGUCCAUCUCGUCCUGGAAUUUGGCGGGUGGAGUGUGCGGUUAGUGAGCACGAACAGGCAGGAAUGAGUGCCCUCUUCCUCGUGUACAACAAGGAUUGCCAGAGUCCUCUAGGCUUAGCUUCUGGAUAUAUUGCUGACUCUCAGAUCACAGCCUCAGGACACUAUGGUGAAUGGGUCCCCAGUCUGGCCAGGUUGGACAAAUCUGGGUCAAUCAAUGCUUGGAGGAGUGACCAAAAGAACUCCUGGAUCCAGGUGGACUUGCUCCAACCCAAGAUCUUCCAUGGAAUAAAAACCCAAGGAGCACGGCAGAGAUUAUCCAACUAUUACAUCUCCCAGUUUGUCAUCUUCUAUAGUCUGGAUGGAGAGAAUUGGAAGAGUUAUAAAGGCAAUUCUACCAGCUCUCAAAUGAUAUUCUUUGGAAACGUGGAUGGAGUGAGCGUGAAAGACAAUGCCUUCGACCCGCCCAUUGUAGCCCGUUAUCUCCGACUCCACCCCACGCACUUCAACUUUCGCAACACUUUGAGGAUGGAGCUGCUCGGCUGUGACCUGAACAGCUGUUCCAUGCCACUAGGACUAGAGACCAACUCCAUUUCUAAUGAACAGAUUACCGCCUCCUCUUGGAUUGACAAUGCAUUCGCUACUUGGUCUCCCUUUUUGGCCCGGCUCAAUUUGAAAGGAAGAAUAAAUGCAUGGAGACCAACGGUUGACAGCACAGCAGAGUGGCUUCAAGUGAACUUUAAGAAGACGUUGCGGGUGACAGGACUAAUAACUCAAGGUGCCAAGUCUGUCUUCACCCAUAUGUAUGUAAAGGAGUUUACUCUUUCCAGCAGCAUGGAUGGAAAAAACUGGGCACCCGUUCUUCAACAUGGGGAGAAACAGGUUUUCCAGGGAAAUCACGAUUAUUUCCAGCCCGUGAUGAACUUUCUGGAUGUCCCAUUCUUUGCCAAAUAUCUGAGGAUACACCCCCUCGUGUGGAACAAACACAUUGCGCUGAGGAUGGAGGUGUUGGGCUGUGACACCGAGCAGAUGGACUAGUCAAGAUGAAGCCCUCUUUGGCUUUUGCUGCAAACGCUCAAACGAGGAGGAUCUUCCCCUGCACAGCCCACCCCAACAACACAUUUAUCAUCAUAAAAUAAAACUUCAGUGACCUUCCUGUUUUUGAGAA